GAAGUCUCCGUAUUUGGAUGUCUCACUUGGAAAAACUCUGAGAACUGUAUUGGAUUUUUAUUUAUUAAUUUUUUUACACUGCCAGAUCAGCACUCAGUGGCCCACCUCAGGCUUCGGGGUGGAGAUUCCACUAGUCAAUCGGGCUGAGGACAGCAAAGCAGGUUUAUCUUCUUACCCUGCUAUUGAGAGAGAGAGAGCGAGAGAGAGCGAGAGAGAGAGGGAGGGAGGGAGGCGUGACAACACAUUCCCAGCCUACAAGGAACUUGCUCAAGGAGGAACACAUUCAUUCUGCCGGGAUCCACUCUCAUACACACACACACACACACACGGUCUGUUUCUGACGCUCGUGUCCAUUUCUCGCCGUGCUGUGGACUGGGCGUUUCGAGCUGCGGCGGUCCAGCAGGAUGCACCUGGAGCUGGACUGGCACCGGCGGGUCACACUCACCACCAUGCUGCCGUACUUCGUUGAGAACGCCGUGCUCACGCAGCGCGAGAUCUACCGCAUUCUGAGCGAGAGCUUUUUAAUGGUGAAGGGAGCUGCGUUGUUCCUGCAGCAGGGCAGCAGUGCACAGGGUCAGAGGACUCACUCCCACCACAAACAUGCAGGAGAUUUACCUCAGCACCUACAGGUGAUGAUCAACAUUCUUCGCUCCGAGGACCGAAUCAAACUGGCGGUACGGUUGGAGAGUGCUUGGUCAGAUCGUGUGCGGUACAUGGUGGUGGUUUACACCAGCGGCAGACAGGACACUGAAGAAAACAUUCUGCUUGGGAUGGACUUCAACAAUAAAGACAGCUGCUCUAUAGGGAUGGUUCUGCCUCUUUGGAGCGACACAAAGAUCCAUUUGGAUGGAGACGGGGGUUUCAGCGUGACAACGGCAGGACGCACACACAUCUUUAAACCUGUGUCGGUUCAGGCCAUGUGGUCGGCUUUGCAGGUUCUGCACAAAGCGUGUGAGGUGUCGAGGCGAUAUAACUACUUCCCUGGUGGAAUUGCACUCAUCUGGACGGGCUACUACGAGAGCUGCAUCUCCUCUGAGCAGAGCUGCAUCAACGAGUGGAACGCCAUGCAGGACCUGGAGACGCUGCGGCCCGACUCGCCCGCCAUGUUCGGAGACAAGCCGACGGAGAGAGAGCGAACCGAAUGCCUCAUCAAAACCAAACUCAGGAGCAUCAUGAUGCUGCAGGACCUGGAGAAUGUCACGUCUAAGGAGAUCCGUAAUGAGCUCGAGCAGCACAUGAACUGCAAUCUGAAGGAGUACAAAGAGUUUAUUGACAACGAGAUUCUGCUGAUCCUGGGUCAGAUGGAUAAAGCCACGCUCAUAUUCGACCACCUCUACCUGGGAUCUGAAUGGAACGCUUCCAAUCUAGAGGAGCUACAGGAGACGGGUGUGGGCUACAUCCUAAAUGUCACGCGGGAGAUCGAUAACUUUUUCCCGGGGACUUUUUGUUACCACAACGUGCGCGUGUAUGACGAAGAGACCACGGACCUGCUGGCUCACUGGAACGACACGUACAACUUCAUUGUUAAGGCUAAGAAGAACCAGUCCAAGUGUCUGGUCCACUGUAAGAUGGGCGUAAGCCGCUCGGCAUCCACGGUUAUAGCCUACGCCAUGAAAGAGUACGGCUGGACCCUGGAGAAGGCCUACAACUUCGUCAAACAGAAACGCAGCAUCACACGGCCCAACGAUAGCUUCAUGAGACAGCUGGCCGAAUACGAGGGCAUUCUGGACGCAAGCAAGCAACGUCACAAUCGGCUGUGGCAUCCAGACUCUGAGUGUGAUCACCCUGAUUGCCAGCGUCCGGCAGCACCCUGCUGCGCUGACCCCUCAUCCCCAGGAGCCGGUCCCUCCUGCUGCGAGGCUGCUGCUCACUCCUCACCCCUUGCUUUGGAACUUGACCCAUCUAACCCCCAAAACUACAACUACUACUUCCGGCGUCUGUCUGACUCGGCGCUGGACAGCGAACCUUCAACACCGGUGCGUAUGCCGCCGCCUCUGCUGGAUGUGGAUCGCGUCUACAUUGAGAUAGAGGAUGUGGAGCGUGAUGCCCUGCUGGAUGAUGAGGCAUUUGAGACACCCCGCUUCACCGCACCUGCUGGAGAGGGCACAGCGGCACAGACUUGCACCCGUGGUGCCGAACCUCUGGAGGAGCUGCGCCUGCGCCUUGAAUUCAGCACUGUAGAAGAAGAAGAUGAGGAGGAGGCAAAGAAAGAACAGGAGGAGAUGCAGGCACUGGCCGAGGGGGGUAGGAGAGAGAGAGAAGGAGGUGUCGGGGAUGAGAGUGGCAUCAGUCUUGGUAACAUGAAUCACAUGUGCAACGAGAACUCCAACAACAACAAUCACCUCAGAACGCGAAACAAUCUUGCCGAGAGUACCCUUAAGAAACAGACAUCUAUACCCAGACCAGUAUUAAGCUCUCUCACAACUCCCAGUACUGUCUCUAAUGCCAGUGGACAUGGCCUAGCCCCAUUACCCUUCUGUGGUAUGCCUAGUAUCUCUGUCGAAGUGCCAGCUUGCACCAGCGUUGUGGUCAAGGCCAUCACACCAACAGGAGUAUGGCCUUGUAGCCCAAACUGCAAGUGCACCAAGUGCAACAAGACAGCUUCAGAGUCGUGCAUCUCAGCCAUCCCACACUUGGUGCAUAAGGACAAGUCCGGAAGCCAGUCACAGAAACCUGAUCUUCAGCAAACAAUGGAUACAGCACUGGGGCAAGUGGUCAAAGGGAAUGAAGGUUCAACAGACAAGGACAAGGCAGAAGAGAGGUCUCCAGGUCUACCUAGAGAGGUGAGCUCACAGCAACAGCAGGAGACACUAGACCAGCUACAAAGGUCUGGCCUGGUCAGGCGGCGAGCUGAGAGGCUGGAGAAACUUUCAGGUAUGUUCCAGGAACGUUUCCGUGAACACGCAGGAAAUGCUGCACGAGGCUCCUCAGAGACACCAGAGCGUCCUUCCGCGUCUAAAGACACUUCGUCUGGAAUGUUCGGUACUCAAGCAGACUUUUGGACCUCGGUGCCACCUGCAGUUGAAGACUCUGGAGUCCUGACGCCGGUCUCAUCCCCACAUGGCUCCACGCUGACGCGCAGCUCGAGCAGCGACAGCAUCCGCAGCAUUCGCGGAAAGCCGGGUCUGGUGCGCCAGCGGGCACAGGAGAUAGAAGUGAGGAUGCGCCUGGCCGGACUCACAGUGCCUUCCCGUCUAAAGCGCUCCAACUCACUAGCCAAGCUCGGCAGUCUCACCUUCUCCACGGAAGACCUGUGCUCCUCAGCAUGCUCUUCUGACGCUGGCACUCUUCUUCUUCUCACACUCUCCCCAGAGCCGGAAGGCACUAUCAGUCCAGAUUGGGAUCGUGCCAAUCGCUGCUCUGCCACUACAGCCAUGGAACUCUUCAGUCCAGGAGCAACGGGGACAACUGAGCCCAGGAGCUGACAAUAAGUGAGGGGGAUUUGUGCAAGAUGAUGUUGUACUUGGACAAAGAUUCCCUUCCCGAAAACCUCCUUCUCUUAAAUUGGAGGAUUGGCCAUCCGCGAAUCAGUACCCAGGUUUGGCGUUUGCAGUAAAAAGAUCUCUUUAAAUGGGUGGCUUGGAAAAGGCCUUGCUGAAGUUCCUGUUCCUGCAGCUUGUGCGGAAGGACUGUGCUUUAGCCAAAUUAAAAUGUAGAGUUGGGGGGAAAACAGGGUUUGCAACACAAAAACUGCUAUCCCAAAAGCCGUUCCUCUUAUUUGAGAGGGUUUAUCAUCUACAAAUGCCAUCAAAGGGAACAUCCUGCUGAGAUUCUUAGGACUUGCAUGGAAGGACUGCGCAGUAGAUGAAGUAACAAAUAGAGUUGGGAAUCAACAGACCUUUUAAAUGCUGUGAAUAUUAAAAAAUAUGCUACUCAAGGAAACAGGAUAUCCAAAUAUUUCGAGAAGGCUCUUGUGAGUUUUAAGGAUUUUGUUGCAUGGAACUGAAGCUAAAAAUGCGUGAUAUAAACAACUUGUACACCGAGUGCUCUUCAGCCAAGCGUCCAAGGAAACCAUUGCUUCGGUUCCCCUUCCUGCUGAGCAGCCAUAUUUCACAAGAAAUUGCUACCUGUUGUCUGUUCGUCUACACGUCUGGUUCGGUGUGAAGCCCAUCUUCCUGCUUGCUCACGUUUUGAUGACACUCUGGAUACUUCUGAACGCAAAGGGAAAAGGAUUUCCAUAUCACUGCUGAUUACUUCGUGCGUGCUGAGAGGUUUCUAGAAUGGAAGAACACGAUUCUGUUUCAAUCUCUCUGCUGUUCACUCUGCUCUAUAUAUCAACAGUUGCUGGAGAUACCUAGCUGUAUUUUGCUCUGGUUUGAAUUCCAUCGUCAAUUUUACCAUUGAAUGUUAACACUGGGCACAUGAUGGCGGUUAGGACUUAUUGAAAUAUUAUAUUGCAGACAUUAAGACAUGUUUGUGUCUGUGUGUGGGAGAAGACUUUGAAGUCUUCCUAAGGUGUUUUGGAGAAACAGUGGUUGAUAUUUUGUCUCAGACCCUCGUAGUGAUGAUUACAUCAAAUGCUUUAAUAUGGAAGGUAUCACUUUAGCACCUUAGGGACUUUUUUGCUAUUUGUCAAAAAUGUGAUGCAAUGAGAACGAUGCAUUUUGGGGGCUAUGUAAAUCAUUACAGUCAUUUACCCCAGUUUUGGGAAACUAAUGCUGGUUAUGAUGUAAUGUCUGGAGAUAUAUUUUACAGAACUCUACAAGGGCAGCUCUUGUCAACCCUUAACUUGGCACACACUUCUUGUGUUCACAGGUCUACUGGGUUAUAGCACAAAAUUACCACUAAAAUCCACAAAUCUCCACAAGCACGCCUAUGACAAACCAGCGGUGCAUAUCAGUGGAUGCUAAAACAUCCUGUGAACGUAGCAUAAGGGUGCUUUUGGAACAUCUGGCCCUGACAAGAUUCUCGAGCAAUCACAGUUACUCUGCGUUCACACUAGCAAGCAAAAAUGCAGCAGGCAAUCUGUUCAUUUUCAUCACAUGGAGCAUACGUUCUUCACAGAGUUUUGGACGCGGUUUUGGACGCAGCCCACGGCUUCAGUAGUCGUCUAUAUACACGUACAGCAUGACAAAUAAUUUAUUGCACUUGAAGUUUCGUAAAAUUAAAAAUGGAACACCCAAAACUGUAUACAGUACCAUAACGAAGACCAAGUGUAUGUCAAUAUGUGAAAUUCUGCAGGGGACGUUGACGGCAUGGCAUGGGGACGUAAUGACGUGUGCUGUUAAUCGAUCUAUGUUCUACAACAUGUAAAACGGGAACAUGAAAGGCGUAUUCUAAAAGCAACUCAUGUAAACACCUUAAUCACAAUAUUAUCUUAUUCAGAAUAAGGUCAAUAAUUAGAUUACUGCUGUCCAUGUAAACGUAGUCAUUGCUUGCCACUUGAAAAUUAAAAUAGAAACUAUCUUAUUAUGGUAUUAAAAUGUGUUUUAAACACAAGACGAACAUGACGUUUUCUUAUUAACGUCAUAUACAUUAUAGUGUAUAAAUUAUACACUAGAGCAUAUCGUAUACACUUUGGUUGCUAACAAUAAUCCGAGGAAUAAAACAUGGCCUGGUGAUGAUGCGUAGAUUAUUUUCCUAUUAUUUUCCUAUAGUCUUAUAUCACAGCAAUUUGCUGUGACCAUUUUUAAUCCCUUUAUAGUUGCAUUUAAAGUUACAUACAUGAAACAAGGUCGUUCCUUGUUAUCACUUAUGUUACAGCAGCUAUAAAAAGUGAGUAAUUCCCUCACUUUCUCUUGAAGUUAAUAAGAAAAAAAACACAGCUUGUCAUCUAACCUAGAAACAUCCUCUGUCCCAUGGUGGAAAACUUGAUGACUGUUACAAAGUGCUGACACUGGAGACUCCUUCCAAAAAAAAUUAAAUAAAAAUCUCCUUACAGAAAACUUCACCACAUCAACAAUUAUAAAUUUUUUCUUUGUUAAAUAGCAACAGUUUAUUGUUAGAUUUAGAUUCUUGCGUGUCUGCCAUCCAAGUUUCUGUGACACAGCCAUGACUAUGAAAAUAAUAUAAUAAUAAUAAUAAUAAUAAUAAUAAUAAUAUAAUAUAAUAUAAAUCCGUGAUUUGCCUUGCGGACCGAACUACUCUCAGAGCUGCUGCUACAUAAAAUUAGUCCACAGCUUCUGACCAAUCAGAAUUGAGAAUUCAGCAGCAUUGUGGUAGAAGGGAAUUUCUAAAACCCUGAACAGAUCAUAACUGCAAGUGAUAACAGUUGCCACAAAAACAUGGAAACCGUGGAGCAGGUGCGACGUCGAUGACGUGUCAGCUGCUAGUAUGAACGCAGGGUAAGAUUGUAAAGAUUCUCUCUUUUGUAAUGUCAUACAUUACACUUUUAAAAGUUGUAGAUGUAGAAAGCCAUGUUCUAGUUACCGAUUGGUUUCCCCAGAUAUUUGCCUUGAUCUAGUAAGAGCCAGAAGGGUAGAGAUCAAAAAGAAAUGAGGUCUGUUUUCUCCUACUGAACAAAUAUGAAUUCAAAUUUCUAUAUAAUUAUUAGAUUUUUUUUAAAGAGAAUAUGAUUUGAUCAAAUGUGUUUUUGAAAUACAUUUCAGACUGAAAAAUCAUAGACACACAAACACAACCGUGUGCGUGUGUGCCAUUUGUCUGUAUAAUUCCAUUCCAACAUGACUUUGAGUUUGUUGAUCUCUACCAAGAUCAUGUGACGUGUAUCUGUCGUAUGUGGGUGUGUGCUGUCCUGAGGGUCUCAAUAGUCCUGUGCACAAGAUCUACAGCCACACACACACAGUUACUCACUUACAAAACUCCAUGUUCUAGCACACUCAUCCACCCAUAUCAGCAGUGCCCACACUCUGUCAUUCUCAUGUCAGGUUUGUUCCCUUGAUUUCAAAUCACUCAACAAGUUUCAAUAUUUAAAAUACUUGAGUUAUUUUUUAUUAUGCAAAAGAACUUUUUUUUUUAAUCUUAUUUUGUACAUCUAACAAUGCUGUUAUGUUGAAUGUGUGUUUCUGACUGAAGUGUGUCUUGUGUAUAUUAUACCUUUUGCAUGCGAGAGUGAGUGACGUCCCACACCAUGGACCGUGCGAUUACUGUGAAAUAAUAUUUAUGAGAGACAGAAAAGAGAAAAGAAAAAAAAAACAACCUUCCGAGUGUGUGACUGCACGUUAGUAUUUAUCCAUGAGCAGGCUCAUACGAUACACACAUGCUCCAGUCGAAUGCACAAUGCAUCACAAUGCACUGUAUGUAAAUACGUUUGUAGGUGACAAAAUGGCCGGGACUUGCGUCCCUAUGGCAACUCUGAAGGAAGACCUUUGGUUUUUGGCUUGAAUAAGGCACUACUGUACACCUGCACAACAAUCUGAUAUCUGAAUUUUACUUCCAAAUCCUGAUAUCGUACUGUUUUAAAAAAAAAAAAAAAAGUCUUGGGUUUCCUGAGACCAGUGGCAAGGUCGGGCUCGGAUUCACUGAGGAAAUGUCAAGUCUACACGUCGUCUGUGUUGCUGAUCAAAAAGAAAAGCUAGCGAUUUUAACAUUACCCAUGUAUACAGAUUUGCAAUCAACAAAUUUGAACAAAGUGUAGUUGUUCGCUUACAUCGUAAUUCCAAAGAGUUCAAAUUCCUGUGUUUGUUUUGUUUUUUUUAAAUAUAAAUAUAGAUCUGAAGCAUUUUAAUGUUUAUUUUCAUUUUUUUCAAAGAUUCAAUCGUAGCCUGUGUGAUUUUACAGCAUAUUACGCUCCACACUGUUGAACAAUUUCAGAUUGCUCAUGUUAGGGAGGAACUGCUUUGACGCAGGGUGCUUGGCCCCAUUUUACUCAUACGCACAAACAGAACCACUAGCAAGAACUGCUAGUUACUGCCCAUGAUUUAAAUUAUUAUUAUUAUUAUUAUUAUUGUUUUAAAUCACUGUGCUGUUGUGUCAACUGGUUAUUAUUAUUAUUAUUAUUAUUAUUAUUAUUACUAUUAUUAGAAAUGCAAUCUGACAUUUCAGCCACAGCUCUGUGAAUUCUGUUUACAAGGUUUUACGAUAAUGUUUUACAUGAAGGUUCCCUUAACUGGCAUAAUUUAACACAUGAACAAAUGCAGCAUUAACACAGCAUCAGUAAGAUUAACAAAGUAGUUAACACUUGUAUUAAUUGAUCAACAAAAUAAGCCAAACAUUCACCUGGAUUAAAUAGUGUUCAUGAAAGGAAGCCCACAGUGAAUAACACCUUACUGAACACAUCAGUGUCUGAAAAGCAAGUUCCUUACGCUAACAGUAGGAUGCCGGGAACAUGCUGUAAUUAAAUCUUUGCUCAGUUAUGUUUCUUUUUAAUCAGUGCAGGUGUAUUUCAUUAACGAUUUAGACGAAUGUCGUUGUAGUCGAGUAACAUUACUUACAGUUUAUUAAUGCUGACGUUUAAGACUCGUUAAUGUUUACUAACGGAACCCUAAUGUUAAGGAUCAUCAGGUUUUGGUUUGUUCAUGUUUUUUUUCUAAAUGUACAGCGUAUUUUAGCAUAUGAGCUGUCUGUCAUAAUCAUCAUUUGGUUCCCACGUCUGAGGGAUGCAGUGAUCCAAAGAUUCGUUUCCAUCCAUCUUUUAGGAGCAGCUGCAAAUCUAUCGAUCUGUGAUUAGUAAAAGUGUUGAGGAACAUUAUGGGAUCUGUUUUGGAUUGGGGAACCUGAGUUUGAUUUUCCUGUACUUUUGUGUUUUGCAUUUUAACGUUCUUGCCAAUCCCGUUCCACUGAGUGACAAUUCACGCCAAGAGUGUCCCUGAACCCUCUUCACCCUCACACAAGCCAUUGGCACUUUGCCGUUGAUGCCACUCAAAUGAGUUGCUGGUUCAUGACUUUCACAUUAGUGUUGCGUUGUUAGUUAUUAAUGUUAAAGUGCCUUAUAGUGAAACACCAGAGGCAUGGUUCAGUCUUUAUCUUCCCUUCUGUUAUUUUGCCAACAUUUUUAUUAUAAAUCUGUUCUCUUACAUUUUUGAGUUUUUAUACCAUUUAGGCUUGAUUAUCUGACUUAAAAAAAAAAAAAAUUCUGGAAGAGAAAAAAUGAAUGGCAAAACUUCUUGAGAAGAAGAAGUAGAGUUGCCAAGUUCUCCUCACUCCAAACAGAGAACAUUUUCAGCACAUAUUUUGGUUCAGCCAUAACCAAAGUUAAAUGAAAUGUUCAAUGCCAGUCAGUCAGUCAGUCAGUAUAGACUUUGUUCCAUGAGGAAGCUGGUUUAGCAUGCUCAGCUGAUGCCACUUUUACAGCACCUUUGGGAAGAGUGGUUUGAGUGAAAGAGAGAGAUUUCAUCACUACAUGAAUUCAUACGUAAUGUUGUGACGUAUCUGGGCCACCACUAAAGCAGCCAUAUCGUCGCUAAGGCCCUUCGAGCAAAUAGGAAGAGGUUGUGAUGUGUACGCAAUUCUCUUAUUCACUACUGUUGCCAUUAGUUUUGUUUUAUAUUUAAGUAUGCAGUAAUUUUGUCUUUUGUACCGCAAGAUUUGCUGUAGUUCUGACGCAUAUUGCACUUUGUACAUUUUGUGGAAAUGAUGUACUGUGUGUAUAUUAUGGAAAUAAACUUUUUUUCCCAUUCA